CUGCAUAGCCGGGGAGAUUUCCAGCCCUGAGAAUACAUGCAGCUGCGACAAGGACUACCACGGCACAAUAUGCAACCAAAUCUGGUGUCAAGGAAAACGACUCCAACUGGUUCUACCAUCUGCUCCAGUGGCAGGUAAACACGGCAUUGCCGCUUGUGACGCGAUUGAUAAAAGCAUCGGCGAGUGGACUAUAAUGCCCAAGCAGCUGCAACCGUGUGCGCAGACGUUUGUGCGGAGGUUGGGGCUGCAGUAUGCUGAGCACACGCCCCUGACGUCCUUCACGCAGGAAGGCAGAGUUCACGUGAGCAACGGCAUCUCCACGUGGGCCGCAAGCCUCGCGGAUCGUCAGCCUGUUUUCUGCCUGUUCCAGGAUGCGUGUACAUCAGGCAAGCUCGUCUGCAAUCCGCCGGCCAAAUGCACUAUCGCAGGUGCGUACUCUGCAACGUGUGUCUGUCCGGGAGGCGACCCACAAACAGCUGACAGGAACUGUGAUGUUCUGCCCAGCCUGAAGAGCCCGCAGCAGCAACACAGGUUCCACCGUCUUCUGUAUGGUGAAGGAGCUCUGCUGCGCUGUUCGUUCAGCGGCCGUGUACUAGAGGGCAUUGAGUGGGAGAACAGCGAUGCUAGCACGCCCCUUGACGGUCCCAAUGUUGCCAAGAAUACUUGGGUAUCGGCUGAUGGAGUCACCCAUAGCCAAGUCUUCUUCUCACCUAAAUCCAAUCUUACAUGGGUAUCGUGCUCUGCACGGAACUCUCGUGGCACUGUCCGCGCACUCCAUGUCGUGAUCGCCGAAGCGGCCAGCCAUGGCGAGUUUGGUGAAGCAGGCACGAAAUUGAGCAAUUCUGCAAAUGGGGCAUUGGCCGCCGUCUGCUCUUUACUGGGUAUUGCUCUGAUCGCCACCGUUAGCUUCCUUGUUGUCCAGAAGAAGUCACCUGAGCACAUUGAACAGAUGAAUCAGAUGCGUAUCAGGCUUCAAGGAAUUGUGAAGGAAAGUGUAGAGCAGCUGAAGAAAAGAACUCAGGAAUUAAGACAAGCAGCAUUUGCACAGCCGGUCCCCUCUGACCCAGACCCAGACCCGGAGCCAUGUCUGCCUCUCAAGAAGGGCCCAGUUCACGCUGUCCUGCAGCAAGAAGAAGAGGAUAUCUACAACAACGACAAUUCCAAUCACAACAUCUCUGUGCAGAUACUGGCCGGCAAGAAUGCAGCGGUGGCACGAGGGCCGGCCGUGGAGAACCAGGACAGCGUGGACUCCAACGGAAUUUACGACAACAUCCCGGCACAGAAGAGAAGCCCUCCGGCGGUUAAACAGGCCUCGGAGUCGAUCAAGCAGGACAGCGUCGACUCCAACGAAGUGUACGACAACAUACCCACGCUGAAGAAAAGAAAUACUGCCUCUGCCGCCGCCCCCGAACCAGCAUCGAGGACAGGCCACGCACCGCCAGUGCCAGCAUCGAGAGUGCCAUCAAAGGUACCAGCUGCCAAAGAAGCCAAGAGCGGCAGCAUCCCAGCAGCGGCCAAGGGAAAGAAGAGUGCGUCGGUGAAAAGAAGCGAGACAAAUGCGUCGAACUGCAGCACCCCGGUUACGGCUGGCGCCGCCACUGCAGCUGCUCAGGAUGAAGCGCUGUACGGCAAUGGCCAAGUCAUGUCCAUUGAUGAAGACGAGUACGGCAUCGUGGAUGCACCAUCGUCGCGCAUAGUGCCGAUACUGCCAGGCGAGAGAGAUCCUGCUCCAGUGCCGGGCAGUGCCGCUGGCAAAUCUCCGCGGGGCAGCGUUUGCAGCGAGUUGGGCCUGUUGAGUGACACUGCUUUCGCCCUUGACGCAAGCUCCGAUGAGAACGGGCGGAUCGCCAGACCAGCCGCACAGGACCCGUCAGAAAUUAUCUACAUGGGCGACAUUCUAGGCGAGGAGGAGUAUGGCAAUAUCGAAAUCUGCCGCCAGACCGAUGUAGAGGAGGAAAACUUGUACGAGCAGGACAUAGCCCAGCAUUGCAUGCUGCGGCAGAAGGAAAGCGUAGACAAUUGCAGCACGCUGCCGGGUAUCUACAGUAACACGUCGCCCAGGGGGAGCGUGUCCAGCGAAUGCGCCCUGCUGUGAGCUGCCAGGGAGAAACCGGGCCCAAGCCGUUCGCAGCACUACUCGUGACUACCUGUGUUGUGCACAGCCGCCGUCACCAACACCAAAUUGUGCUCUUCAAAGCUGGGCGACCCGUAGCGUGUGGACGGCGUGGCGUUCUACAGCUGCGUUUGUCCGUCAGCUCGGUAUGCUGGCUGCUUCUCGGUCGCCAUGCCAACAACUCUUGGUAGGUAGUCUGAUGACGUAAUCAAAUGUUUGCUGUCGCGGAGAGCAGUCCAAUGCCGCACACACAAAUACAGUACACAACUGCAGCUGUCUAUACAGUUUAAACCGUUAUGAAGUAUGACGUCUACUCCUCAGUUAUUAUAUUUUAUUCUCCUAUUCCCGUUGAACACUCGUGCAUUUUCUUAUGCUUGCAAUUGUACUACAUCGCUAAUGCCACAAUUUGAUUUGCCCCCUAAUUGCCGCUCAGGUAUCUAUCCCCAAGGCCUUUGCAAGGUGUGUAGCCUUCUCCUUGGCCUCUCAAC